AGACACACCUCACUCUCUUAACACGGUGAUGCGUCGUAGACUGAGGUACAUCGCUUCAGACAAACAAUCCGUUUAGUUUGAGACGGCUGGAAUAUGGCAGUCAUUGAAGCGGUAUCUCUGGCGCUGUUAUCUCUGGCCUUGUUGAUCUCUAUUUGUCUCAAUGUCUUCUUCUGCAUCAGACAAAGAUCCACUUUGUGCAAAGAAACGGACGAGUGCUGCUUCAGAAAUAUGAAUACAGGAGCAAGCCCCUCACAGGAUGAAGGGCAUUAUUUUCAUGAACACAAUCACGAAGAGCUGCAGGAAAAUCCAAUCUACGGCAACAUCAGCUCAGACAGAGCAGAUUCUGUCGAGGUUUGCUAUGAGAUGAUGACCAUGGAACACGCAACAGAUUGCAUGAAGUCCAUAGCGCCUGACCUGAAUUAUGCCUCAUUGGAUCUUAAGUUGGUAAAGAAACGCAUGAAGAAGAAUCGCCAUCAGCAAGGCCCCGCUCAGAGAAGAAGCAAACUUCAAGAGGAGCUGCCGGGCCACCUCACACCCCCCCUGAAUACUUUCUUAGAGGUGGAAGCAGACAUGGAUGCUCACCUUCCCUCCAGAAACACCAGCACCAUGGUUUCACACAGCAGCAUCUACCUGAACAGUCAACAGAUAGCCCAGGAGACAGAGGAGCUGGAGAGGGACAGGGGUGUAAACAUGGAGAGGGAGAUCGUGGGUUGGGGGGGGAUAAGAAAGGGGCAAAGUAGAGAGUGGAAAGGAGAGCAAGAGUUUGAGGGAAGAAAAGAUAGACAUGAUGCUAAUGGGGUUGUAUGCACACAGCUUUCAGAAGUAGAGGCUAUUCAGAACAGCAGCUUUAGCCAUGAUAGUGAGCAUCAAGAUUAAGAUUCAAGUGUUUGAGCUACCUAAGAAAAGCUAACUGUUGUGUCUGAAAGAAUGAAAACUAUGUUAGCUUCAAUAUUUAACGAGCUUUUUGCGCAAUUUCCUCUUUGAUGUAAAUACAUUUGAACUCUCCAGAUUGAGCAACAGAGGAACAAAAGGUGUACAUCUCUGUGCUGCGGAGGUACAAAACUGAGAAUAAAGAAAGAAAUGAAACUCGGUGUGUGACAUUUAGAGGUCAAGGACCCAGUGGAAAUGUAUGUUUUGAAAGACAAGGAAGACAUCACAUCAUCACAGGACAUGGAAGAUCUUUCACUGUUUUGAUGUCUCAUAGCAGAUGUCUCAUAAAAAGGUGUGAAGGAAAAACAAUCUAUUUGUUUUCCACGCUGUAGGCGAUAUAACAAUAUACUUGCCUAUGCACACGUGAAUCUGCUUUUCAGUUAUAUUACCAUGAAUGAUACAAAUUAACAUGAAGAUUUGAUUAAAGGUUGGAAAGUAAAAUGCG